GCAGGAAAUUGUACGCGGACCACGUGGCUGCGUGUGCAAGGGCCACAGGCCCUGUGGGAAGGUCUCGAGUGUGAGGUCAUGCUGCAGCCUUGCAGGGUGGGCUGGAUAUCAAUAGCGGUAUGAGCUGCUCUUAUGACCACUGUCUUACCGGCCUCUCAGAGGUGGAUGGGCGGUUUGAGCAAUUUUCAGCGACACUCUUCAGUCAUGAUGCUACAGAAAUGGAUCGAGAGAAGCAGACACAAGCUGUGAAUGAGAAGAUGAAUGCCUCCAUCUCCUCAUUCUUGUCCCUUCUUUCAGGCUACCUCUUGCUCACACCAGCACACCAGGCAUUGGAAUAUCUAAUCCGGCGCUACAAAAUUCAUGUCUACAAUGUGGACGCAGUGAUGGCAUGUGUGCUCCCAUAUCAUGAGACAAACCUCUUUGUCCGCAUCGUUCAGCUGUUGCAGAUUGAGCACACGAGGUGGGAGUUUUUGCAGGGUGUUCAGGAGAACGGAACCGCGUUGCCUAGGGAGGUCUUGGUUGCAAGAUGCACGAAAGAUAUGGCGGUUUUGGAUGCUAUUUGUGAAAUGGCGAAUGUUGCUUCAGCUGCCGGAGUUAAGAGCCACACUGUUGUGUCCUUUUCCACGGUGAUGGCUAUGGAGGUCCUUGGAGCUGUCAAUUCUGUGUCAGAGACACUGGUCAUGCGUAUACUUCCCUUCAUUCUAGAGGGAUUCAAGAACGAGUCUUCUGUCGAAAAACAGGCUGGAGCAUUGAUGGCAUCAGUGCAGCUGGCCAGUCGUGCAACACUGUCGGAGCCGCUGGCAACAUCACUCAUCAAGAACAUUUCGAAGAUGCCGCAGCUUGUUCAGGCAAAGAGUGCAGGGACAUUUACUCCACCUCUCCUAAGAGAGGCCCUCAUGGCCAUCAUCCAUAUCACGCAGACCCAGCCCAUGGGGAGCUUCCCUGGAAAAGUUAUGAAGGCGCUUCUCAAAAUCAGGGAGUUCUCUGCUGAGCUUGCAAGCUUAUCAGAGGUGUUCAAGGCCUCCAACUUUAUGACACAUCUGCUUCGUUUCCUUGUCAAGCAAAGUGCACAACAGAAAAAGUAUGAAGAUAAGCUGAUUGGGCUGAUCAAGGAAUUGCCAAUGGAAAGCCAAGUAGGGCUGUUGACGUCGGAGCUUGUAAAUCUCUGCUUGACGGAGCAGGGUGGUGAUGAGGAAGAUGAAGAUGCUGAAGAAAUGCCUGAUGCUGAUCUAUCGAUCAGCACUGAAAAGAAGGAAGGCAAAGCAAAAGCAAUGGUACGCAGAGUGCUUUCCCUGCUGGACAAGAGGUAUCCCCUUCAACUGGAUGAAGCAGUAAAUAAUUUCAUGAAGGGGAUUGAUGCAGGAAAGAAGGAUGCUGCAAACAGAUUGGAGGGGUCAGAUGCUGAUGAGGAGCCUGCUAACCGAUUGGAAGGGACCUUCAAGUUUUUCUCUGAGGUCUUGCAUGGAAGCCUGCAUGCCCCUCUUGUCGAGUCCAAUGCCAGCUUGUACCUCUCUGUCGACCAUCCACAGGCUCGUAUAAGGGAAAUGGCCAUCAAAAAGCUUGGGGAUGUCCUGGAUCAAACAGAGGAUCAUGAGGGAAAACAACAGCUGCAUGUGUUUCUUCGGGAUGCUCUGCUGCGAAGACUGUUUGAUGACAAUCCAAACGUGGUGAAAGCUGUGUUGUCGCUCCGGUGCAUAGUGGAGAUUGUACCUACCGCUCAAUUGUUAGAAGCUCUCACAAAGACAGUGGAUGCAGCAGAAUCAGCGCUGAGCACAGGUUUGGGAUUGGGAGAGAACCCUCGCGACGCGAUAUCGGUGAUCAAAGCAGUGUUGAAUUUCAUGGGAACUACCCUGUUGACAGAGAAUCCCAAGUUGACAGAGAAGGUGUCUAUGUAUCUCCUGGGGUUUUUCUUUCCACGAGAUGGGGAAAAGAGUUUGAGCAAGUUGGCAGUGGGGCUCGCUUCAGGUAUCCAGCAUCCACUGUUCUCAAAGUUACAUGACUUGGGCGCUUCUGAGUCUAAGGAGGCCAACCAAGAUGGGAAGAAGAAGAAAGACUCUGCAUGGAGGAGCAAGGUAAUUCAAGCAAUGGCCUCUGGCAUUAUGGCGAUGGGCUCAAAGAGUGCACGUGGAGAAGAUGAGCAAGACACUGUUGGCAUGAUUGGUGACUACAUGCGGAUUGUUUCAAGCGAGGAAAUCCAUGUCAACAGCAAGCUGACAAUUCUGCUAGGUGUACUGGAAGAACUUUUUGUCACCUUUACAAGCUCCUCCCUUCCUGUCGAGUGCUUCAUGCCACAUCUAAUGCUUCUGCUCUCACGGCUUCCAUGGAAUUCCAGUUCCAGCACUUCAGAUUUGGAGGACUCAGCAAUCGUAAAUCUGGACACGGAACUCCAUUUUCUUGCAGGGUUCUUUACAGCAGAGGGAAUGGCCGUUCCAGCAGUCGUACAAAUCCGAAGUCUUGACGUUCUGUCUUUCAGGCUGAAGAGCAGUGCUGAGAAGGUGUCGGGAUCGGUCAAUAGCGAUUUGGAGAGCUCUAGCAGAGAGCACAUGCAGGAGACACUCGCAUAUGUCUUUGUGGCAGUUGCAAGUCCUGUUAAGGGUGUUCGGCGAAGUGCAAUGAGGUGCUUCGAGAACUUGCAGGCUUUACAAGAAAAGCUUCCGAUGGCCUCCGAUGGAAACCGCGUGACUGGGGAGGAAGGUCCAAUACUUAUGAAACAGAAGGUUUUUGAACGGCUUCUGAAGGCGAUCCUUGAGUUUAAGGCGCAAUUCAUCGCAGAUCGAGCGUAUCUGGAAUUGUUUCUGCGGAUGGCACUGGGUUCUGGUGAUGGCAGCGUGCUUGCAGAGGGGGCGGAGGGGGGAGAAGGAGACGUGGCCGAAUGGGGAAAUCUUGACCGAAGGUUUUCAGGGAACUCGCGCAAGUCGAUCAUGACGUUUCUCCUCUCUCAUGCUCUGAAAAUGCAACCUCAUGCUCAGGUUGUUUUGUUUACAGCACUGAGGUUUGCAGGGCAUAGUUUGGAAAAGGCAACUGCUACAGAAGAGCUUCUCUGGCAUCUCCUUGAGAGGAGAAGGGUUCUUCAUCUGAAGAAGAAGCAAGCAAGCAGAGCGGAGGCUUUUUUCCCUGUAGAAGCGGAGUUAACUCCCUUAUCUGAGAUGGAGGUGCAGCUUCUGGAAUCUCUUAUUAAGCUGAGAGAUGCUGAUGUGGCCGCAGCUUUGACAACGAAUCCUCCAAGCACGUCAGGGUCACCAUCCUUGAGGACAAUCCUUCCAGCACUCGAGGUGGAGGGUGGGCAAGUCACAGACCCAGCGGUUACCAGACCAUGCCUUGCAGCGAUUGCUUGCAUCACCAGUGCCUUUUACGCAGGGCUCAGCUGUGAAGCGGAGGACGAGUUGUUCACGACCUUAGUGAACUUGAUUGGAAGUGACACAUCUGAGGAAAUGAAGUCGGCAGCACGGAGUGCUUUGUCCAGAGUCCAGGUUUCUUCUGUCACGGCUUUUCGGCUUCUAGAAAGCCUUACCUCUCAGAGGUUGGCCAAUUGCAUCCCGGACAAAUCGUUAAGGCAUUCGAUAACAACGGAAAUCGUAUCAGAGAAGAAGAAAAAGAAGCGGCUGAAAGCCGAAGUUGCUGAGAUUAUGGAAACAGAGAAGGUAGAGCCAAAAGCAUCUCCUGUAGGCACGGGAGGCCUACGCCUGGCUACAUCCUUGCUGGAGGUACUUCAGUGGAAGUCAGACAUUCGGAAAAGGGUACUCCUUGUUCGGCCUUUGUUUCGUCUGUUGCAAUUCAUCGUGGAGUGGAUGCAGACAGAGCUAAAAGCCAUCCAGGUAGACAGUUUGCGACAGGAUCCAGCAGCUACCAGUGGAGACGCCCAAAUCCAAUUGGCAAGGCUGUCAGCGGGAAUGAACUACCUUGCACAACUUGUGUCUAUGGUACUGGAAAGCAUUGCUAAGGAGCUUGUGAUGUCGAACGAGACAAAUGCAGCAGGCGCCAAGGCCGAUGCCAUUGACAUGAUAGAGGACGAGGACCCAGACCCUGUUGGAGCUUUCGAUGUGGACAUAAUUGUGCAAUGUGUGCGAACGGCCAUGGACUCCGGCACAAGGAACCACGCCUUGGCAUUGCUUGCCGCGGCCGCCAGGUUGCAGCCAGAUCAGGUUCUGAAGCAUGUGCUGUCCGUUUUCGCAUUUAUCGGGCACUCCAGUCUUACACAGGACGACAGCUAUUCCCACCGCAUGGUGCACCAAACACUUCUGGCAGUUGUACCAAGCUGGCUGGAACAUUCACAUGACAUCUCUACCCUCCUCAAGGUUUUUGUGGAGGCACUCCCAAGGGUCCCAGUUCACCGCCGUCUUCCUCUGGUUGUCAGUCUCCUGAGGGCUGUGAAUGAGGAGAAGGGCCUUCCUGUUAUGCUCCACCUACUGUUUGAUCUGUACUUGUCAGGGAAGGCGAAGACAGAGUCGCGACCUUCUGUGCUCGACGAGGACGAUGAUGUUGAGAAUGAGGAUGAAGUGAUGGUGGAAAGAGGAGAUGGCAGUGAGUGGGUGAUGGACUUUGCUGAUCUAUUGUGCAAGCAGGAGGGUCCAAGAUUGCGUCUUCAGGCUCUGGCAAAAUUACUACAUGAACAUGGAUUGAAGUCGGUGAUUGCAUCAAGCGAGAACAAGGGAAUGGUUGAGCGUAAAUUGGAUGCAGGUGAGAGGAAGGGUGGAGGAGAGGAGGAGGAGGAGGAGGAGGAGGAGGAGGAGGAGGAAGAGGAGGAGGAGAGGAAGAAUGUUGACUGGAGGAUGCAGGGGCUGAUGAUAGGUUUUGUUGCGGAGCAACUCCGAGCACGUGCCUUCUUGACAACAGGCGAAGUCGCAACAGCAGAGGAGUCACUUCUGCAGGAGUUCUUUGUCGAGAUCUUGGAGCAUGUGAUGGUAAUGGUGACAGCUGGCAGCAAGUACAGGGCCCGUGGGAGGAACAAUUCAGCAUAUCAUGAGGCUAUGGAUGGGCUUUACAAUUUGCUUAGCGUGCUCCAUGAAGUGAUGCCUAUUCAUGCUUAUAUCAAGGGCAUUACUUCUCUCAUUAAGCUUGAGAGCAGCAGUAUUCGACAAAAGGUGUUAUCCAUGUUUGCGCUAACUUUGAAGGAGCAAGAGAAGGAAUCUCAGUCAAGGCGGAGGCGAAGAAACCGGCUUGCACAAUCGGAACAGGAAAGAGAAGCCGAGGGGAAACUCUAUACUUCCUUGGCUGCUGACAUUGCUAAGCUUCUGCAUGGCCCGAAAGCAGAUUCGUCGGUGGCAACGAGACAGAGUGCAUUAGUGGCAAUUGAAGUCCUUGCGUGGCGGUUCGGCAAGCUCUCUCGGGAAGUUUUCGUGAAGUGCAUCCCAGCAAUUGUUGCAAAUCUUCAUCAUGAAGACAGGGUUGUGGUGAUUCAUGCAGUUGCAUGUCUGACAGCACUUAUUUCUGCUUGCGGACCGCAGGCUCUGCCUCAUCUGCCUCAUCUUGUCGGUGGGCUUUUCAAGGUUGGGAAGAGAGCGGCAAACACGAUCAACACACAAGCAGCAGCAAAGGAAGAAGAAGAAAACAAGAAGGUGACUGGUCAAGAAAAGGAGUGUGCUUCUAAGGUUGACCUAUUGCUGAACGUUGUUUCUGCUCUCGAGGGCAUUCUCCAUGCGAUGGCUGCAUACUUCAGCCCGUAUGUCUCUGAGCUCCUGGACCUGGUCCUCUUGCAGCCUGGUGUAACUGCGUGCAAGACAGGAGGAUUGGACUCAAAAGCAGAAGCAGUUCGUACACUGGCUGCGGAGAAAAUACCGCCUCGGCUCAUUCUGGACCCUCUGUGCAAUGCCUAUGAGAAAGCAACUGCUUCAGGGGAGAGGGCUGUUGGAGCGUUGUUCGAGAUGGUUCGAAUCGUAGCAAGCCAAUUUGACCGAGCCGCAGUGGCUGCAUACAAUGGAAAGCUGUUUGAUUUUUUUCUUCGCGCGUUUGACAUGCGCCGUAAGAGACCGCCUUCGUUCUCCGAUCCUUCUUUGUUCGAAGGUGUUGAACGGGCCAUGAUGUCUGCGUUUGCUUCCCUGGUGAUGAAGUUGAGUGAGAAUACAUUCAGACCUCUAUUUGUGAAGACACUUGAGUGGGCGCAGGCAGAGAUUAUUGAUGGUGUGAGCACUCCCCUUCAUGGUGACAUCAACCGAAACAUUGUCUUCUUUGGCCUUAUUAAUGAGCUUUCAGAACAACUAAGGUCUGUGUUCGUUCCAUACUUCAAGUAUGUACUGGAUGGAGUUGCUUCACAUUUGAUGGGUGGGAAGGCUGCGGAGGAAGGCGAGUCCGUCAAGCCGAAGAAGAAGAAAAGGAAGAACGAAGGCUCCGGCAUGCAAGUGGAGGAUUGGAAGCUGCGGUUCCUUGUUGUGACGGCAUUACACAAGUGCUUUCUCUACGACACAGUCAGCUUUAUGGACUCCACUAAGUUCCAGCCUCCACCAUCUGCGCUCACAGCGUCAGUGCGAGGGCAGGAGCCGGAAGGGCAGGCAGCAACAGAGGCAGAGGAAGAAAGGAGGGAUAUCCCCAGCGUGAACGAGAUGGACAAAGCGCUUGUGGAUUGCCUGACUCAAAUGGCAGUUACAGCGAAUAGCGACCUCCUGUGGAAACCCAUGAACUACGAGAUUCUAAGGUACACCCGAAGGGACAGUGUUCGUGCUCGGCUGUUGGCUAUCGCAAUAGUCACACAAAUGGUUGAUCGUUUGAAAGAGGAGUACCUCACCUUGCUUCCAGAAACUAUUCCAUUCUUGGCGGAGUUGCUGGAGGAUGGUGUCUUGGAAGUAGUGGCCAAGUGCCAGCAGCUUGUAAAGACGCUGGAGACACUAAGCGGCGAAAAACUGUCAGAGUACUUCUGAGGUGCAAGAUGAGCUGGAAGACGUUCUGGAGGACAGCAUGCUCUAGGAACGAAAGAAGGGUCUCGUUCCGAAGCUUCCUGGCCUGCCUCGGCGAUCUUGUGGACGUAUUCUUUGUUCUUACUAUCACGGGCACUACAAGGGCAGGCAAGUAGAAUGUUAUUGACGAGGUUGAGUGGGGGUGCCGAACCCUAUAUAUGACCCUGUCACGAAGAUCGUGCGAUCUCGCAGGCCUUUACUUUCCAGCGGUUCCGCCCAUUUCAUCUGAAGCGGUCCCGGAGUUGCUGCGGAGCGAACGGAGGUUUGAAAGCUACCUUAGGGUGCGCAGAAUGGGGUGAUGCCAUCCUUGACCCAGCGCGGGACUACGUGAAGAUUUGGUGAACCUAUUGCUACGUACGGUAAGCUGUGUUGACAUCAUCAGCAAGGUAGGUCUUUUGUGUUGACAUCAUCAGCAAGAUACAUCCGAUUGAACGGUGGCUGGCAUUCCAGCCAGAUUCAGCCAGCAAAGCUUCUGGUAUGAGUAUGCCCUCAGUCAAGGGCUCUUCCCGAAGUACUUGCCAGGAAUCACCGCCAGAUUCAUCCAGCAAGGUGUCUAAUGUGAGUAUCCGUUCAGUCAAGGGGACGUACUUGGCAGGAAUUUCCACCAAAUUCAUUUGAGGAGUUUUCCAAAUGUGAGUAUGCCUUCAGUCAAGGGCUCUUCCUGACGUACUUGCCUGGAAUUACUGCAAAAUUCAUUUGAGGAGUUCUAUGUAUGCCUUCGUUCUUGUAGAGGUGAAUCCGAUAUCAUCAGGAGGCUAACGCCGAGGCCGACUCAGGGCGAUAGCAUGUGAGAACAGAGCGGAUGCGCACUUGUUUGCUGUCCAAACCAGAGGUAUGUAUCGUAGAUAACCCCAAAAUAGGGAAUUUUUUUUUGUAUGUCGCAAAUACCAAAAGGGUAGCUUUUCUUUCCCUUUUCCCUCCCUUAUCUUUGAGCUUUCAUGUCUCCCCGAGCCCUACAGUAGUUCCCAGUUUCGAGUUUCGGCCCAAGUCUCAAGUUUUGACCCCCUAGAGAGAGAGAGAGAGAGCAAAAUCCGAUUUACAGUGCAAUUACAUUGUCCCUCAAGUCUUAUAUGUUUUUUGACGUCUAGGAAUGUAGUGGGAUCUGGUUUUGAAAAAUUUGGCGCAUUGUUUGAGAUUUGUUGUUGCCGUAGUGGCCAGGGCUACCAUCUUCCCUCGAACGGAACACACCUCCUCUAGAUUGCAGCGGACCGAGAGGAGGUGGGGGGGGGGGGGGGGGGGGGGAGGGUUAGUGUAUAUGCAUUCAUAAUUAGGGUGCUUUUUUUUUGGUGGUGGUGGGGGGGUGUUGUUCUUGCCGAGGUUGAAUUAACGGCAGAGAUUACAUCUGAGAAGCCAGUUAAGGGAGGGGUAGAGAAAUUGGUGGACGUUUGAGUCAUGUUAUUCUGCAUCAUUGGGAGAAGAGGUACUUUUUUCAGGAAUUUGCUGCUGCUGCUGCUGCUGCUGCUGCUGCCGCUGAAAACCAAAGGCUACGCAGGAUAGAGGGGAAUAAGAAGGUGGUCAGAAAUUUACUUAGUCAAAGGUUAGGAGAACUUAGGACCGAUAGAUACUGGUAGUUUAGCAUAGGUUGAAAACAGGAGCGAGCUUAUGAAACAACCUGUCUGUUCACUUUGCAUCUAGCGA